AUGGUUAUAUUCGAAAAUUCUAAACAAAAUGAAGCACCUUCUGGUGAUGUGGCAAAUGAUCACAAGAAUACCAACACACAUAUUGAAUCAUGUGAAGAAACGAUUAUAAACUUAUCAGUAUCAAACGACUCUAAUCACGAAAACUUUCAAAUAGCUGGUUCAAAUUCUCAGACUGAUCAUCGUUCGAACUAUUUCCGCAAUGAACAAUCUCCAUCUUCUGAUUCAUCAAAACUUACUAAUAUCAAUGUCAGAUUAAGUAUUCUUACCAGUUCAAGUUCCCCGAAACCAUUUAAAUAUACAUUGAAGCUUAUUCCUAUACCGCAAGCAUUGAAUUCAACUUAUAUAGAAGGAGUAUAUGAAGUUAUUGAUAGUGGUAAUAAAUCAUCCACUCAAAUGUCAAAUGUGAAACAAAUGUCAUCAGACAAAAGCUCAAAUGAAGUGGAUGAAACCUACUUACACCUUGCAAAAGAAACUUGUGAUCAGCUAGACAAGCUAAAACCAAAUCGAAUUUUGAACACUGAAUCCCACUCUCUGCCAUCAAAUUCUCUGAGAACUCAAACAAAGAAUAGUUCAAAUGAAUAG